AUUUCCGAUUGACACGUAUUAAAAUGUUAUUUGUUGUUUGGCAUUCGUUUAAAUAGCACACAAUCGCCCUGAUUUCGUUUUACACAUACACAGUGUUUGGUUUCCAAGGAAGGAGAAGCGCCAACGAUGGAUGUGGAAAUAAGUCUGGAUAUCGGAGGAACUCGUCGCACAAUUCAGCAGGCAUUCAUCAGUUGCUGCGAGCAACUGCUUGAGAUAGCGCUUCUAUUGACCCACGAAAGUGGCCAGUUUUUGCGCCGUUUGUGGCGAGGAUCGAGCCAGGAGCUUGCCCCAAAAUGCCCAGAAGAUAUUGGCGAUGGUACGAUGUCCAGAUCGCAGCAUCAGAGCCAUAAACCCACUAAAAGUGCCCAAACUAAGGCAACAGGAGCCGGAAACUUGGUGGGCGAGGGCGAUUACUUGCGGCAUGAGCAUAAAAUCGAAACUCAAUUGCCGCGUCUUGUGGGCGUGGCUUGCGGCUUUGCCAAGGAUCAGAUAAUACAUUCGCAAUACAAUCGUGGCAAGUUUGGCGAGGAUGCCUGGUUCAUGUCCUCCAAUUCGCAGGCCUACAUAAUGGGCGUGGCCGAUGGUGUGGGCGGUUGGCGUAACUAUGGCGUUGAUCCCGGUGAAUUCAGUAUGUUCCUAAUGCGAUCCUGCGAACGUAUGUCAAAUGCUGCGGAUUUUGCGCCCAAAAGACCGGAAUUGCUGCUGAAACGUGCCUAUUGUGAUCUGCUCGAGCAAAAGUGCCCCAUUGUGGGCAGCUGUACGGCGUGUAUUCUAACACUAAAUCGGGCUAAUAGCACGCUAUAUACCGCAAAUAUCGGGGAUAGUGGUUUCUUGGUGAUGCGUUGCGGUCAGGUGGUUUGCCGUUCCAAGGAGCAGCAGCAUCACUUUAAUACGCCGUAUCAAUUGGCAUCACCGCCGCCGGGUCAUGACAUCAAGGCACUAUCGGAUGGACCCGAAACGGCGGAUACCAUACAGUUUCCCAUGCAAUUGGGCGACGUCAUACUGCUGGCCACCGAUGGCGUCUACGAUAAUGUGCCCGAAACUUUUCUCCUCGACGUCCUUGCGGAAAUCUCUGGCAUUGACAAUCCUGUGCGCCUCCAAAUGGCCGCCAAUGCGGUGGCAUUGAUGGCUCGCACUUUGAGUCGCAAUCCGAAACACGAUUCUCCGUUCAGUCAGAAUGCCCGGAAACUCAACAUCGAUGCGUCGGGUGGAAAACCGGAUGACAUUACGGUCCUAUUGGCCACUGUCGUCUAGCAUUGCCACCCGAAGAAUCGAAAAUGGGGGAAACGAAGGUGCAGGAUGAUCACCGGAAGUUAAUCGAGGCUUUAUAUACAUACAUAUACGCUUUGGAGUAAGAAUGGCCGCUUUCUAGCAGAUUUUACUGACAAGUGUAGAGCUGUGCAGAGUUGUUGGUAGCAGCUGUUCGGAGAAGUUGGCCCAAAGAAGUCCAAAAAUAACUCUCUUUGAAAUCUUCUACAAUUUGAAGCCCUUUUCGUUUCAAGCUUUCCUGCCAAUUGUCCCAGAAAAAAUUGUUUAGGUGAAAUAAAAUUUUUUGUUUUACCAAAGACUA